UCCUCCCUCUCAGCUGCUGAGGAAUGGGGGAGCUGGAAGGAACAUACAGAGUCCUGCAGACCCCGGGGGCACGCCUGGGCACCACGACCCCCGUGGGCGUCAGCACCCUGGAGCCUGGGUUGGGGCCCCUGGCAGGGGCGGCGCGGCCAGCGAUGAGGACACAGCUCCGCGUGCAGCUGCUGGACGACUCCAUUGAGGUGUUUGACGUCGAGCCUAAGUGUGAUGGCCAGGUGUUACUGACGCAGGUGUGGAAGCGCUUGAAUCUGAUAGAAUGUGACUACUUCGGCCUGGAGUUUCAGAACGUGCAGUCCUGCUGGAUCUGGCUUGAACCUAUGAAACCCAUCAUUAGACAAGUACGAAGACCAAAGAAUGCAGUGCUUCGCCUAGCAGUGAAGUUCUUCCCACCAGAUCCGGGUCAGUUGCAAGAAGAAUAUACACGAUACCUGUUUGCCCUGCAGCUUAAGAGAGACCUUCUGGAGGAGCGUCUGACCUGCACGGACACCACGGCCGCCCUCCUGGCGUCCCACCUCCUGCAGGCGGAAGUUGGGGACUACGAUGAGGCGCUGGACCGGGAGCACCUGCGCGCCCACGAGUAUGUGCCGCGGCAGGAGCGCGCCCUGCACAGGAUCCUGGCGUUUCACCGCGAGCUCGCGGGCCAGACGCCUGCUGAGUCAGACUUCCAGGUGCUGGAAAUUGCCCGGAAGCUGGACAUGUACGGCAUCAGGUUUCACUCGGCUUCUGACCGGGAGGGGGCCAAGAUCAAGCUGGCCGUGUCGCACACCGGCGUCCUGGUGUUCCAGAGCAGCACCAGGAUCAACACUUUCAACUGGUCCAGGCUCCGAAAGCUCAGCUUCAAGAGGAAAAGGUUUCUCAUCAAGCUUCACCCGGAGGUCCAUGGGCCCUACCAGGACACCCUGGAGUUUGUGUUGGGUAGCAGAGAUGAAUGUAAGAACUUCUGGAAGAUCUGUGUGGAGCAUCACACCUUCUUCAGACUCUUUGAUCAGCCGAAGCCGAAAGCUAAAGCCGUCCUCUUCAGCAGAGGCUCCUCCUUCAGAUACAGUGGAAGAACUCAGAAACAACUUGCUGAUUAUGUCAAAGACGGUGGGAUGAAGAGGGUUCCGUAUGAAAGGAGACACAGCAAGACCCGGAUGUCUCUCCGUGCCCUAAAAGUGGACUUGCCACGGCAGAGCCUCUCGUUCUCCGAGGGUGUGAGGACUCCUGUGACGCCGUCGCCCACAGCCACCUCCUUCUGCUCAGCCCCCGCGUCCCCUCCAGCUCCCCCGGGCCUGCAUGAUUCCCAGGUCGGCGGCGGCAGCUCCGAGACGGGGCCCCCCGCGCCCGGCGCCUGGUGGCCGGCUGCAGAAAAGAGCUCCGUGGUCGCGGCCCAGCCCCCCCGGCCACCUGCGCUCCAGCCUCACCAAGGUGUCGACUUCGGUUGGGGCGUGAGGAGCUGUGGCCCCCGCAGUCCUGAGGGGCUGAGCUGCCCCGCCUCAGGCCCAGAUUCAGGGGGCACGGGCAGGGGGCACCCAGCUGUGGGGUGCAGUGGCCGCGGUGAGGGACCCCUGACCGGGGGCUCCUCCUCCAGGGGGGUGCACCUGUGCAGCCCACUGGGCCGCGGGGGGGGCCCGGUUUUCACAUUGACAAGCGCCCAGCUGCAGGUGUCCGAGGAGUUCAUAGAUGAUGACCCUGCAGACAUCUCCUUCUUUGCCGGGGGCUCAGAGGCUUUCUCCUUCCCCUACGGCAGCCUGGGCCCAGGCUCCAGCCCGUCCAGCCCUGAGGGGUCUUCCCCGGAGGUGGCCCCCGGGGACAGGGGGCGUGGCUUUGAGUUUGAGGAGGGCAGCCUCGGCGACGCGCACCCCUCGGACACCUCGGAGCUGCUGGAGGUGAAGGCGCAGGCCAGCCUGAUGCAGCGCCUGCUGAGCCCGUCCGACACCAGCUCACUCCGGAACAACCAGUCCGAGGCCAGCUCGCUGAGCAACGCGCCCCUGCCCAGCGGCCUGUCCACACACACGCCCGGCUCUGCGCCCCCGUCCGGGGCCAGCUCCAUGGCCAACUUCCCCGCCUGCUCCGUGCGCUCCGAGGCCAGCUCGGCCUUCCAGUUCUCAGACAUCGUGGACCAGUUAGAGCAGCUGAGCUACCCGCCCACGACGGCCGAGGACUCGAGCAGCUCAGACACGGACUCGUGGGGCUCCGAGGCUGCAGUGCCCCUAGACGUGAGCCUGUUCUUCAGUAGCCCCUUUGUGCAGGCCAGGUCGGACAGAGUCAUUUUCGAUUUGCAGAAUAACGUGAAGAAUCUGAUUCCCGGAGAGCGAAUUGACGAGAACAACGCUGGCUCCUGCCUCGGGCCAGGUGCGUGCUGGACGCAGCUGCUCCAGCUCCAACAGAGCCCACCCCCGAUGUGUGGUCUUGAGUUCCAGCCGGGCGUGUGCGGACAGGUGAGGGGGCCGCACCCCAUGCCCCGAGGAUGUGGCUGGCCAUGGGGAGAGACCUCGGCGUUGUUUGUCACUGGGUCCGUGGCCAAGUUUUGUGCUCCUUUCCCGCUGCACCUGGUGGAACAGCCAUGUUUACAGGUCAGUUUUCUUCUGAAAGUCGAGUUCCCGCGUGGGCAGGGGCCUGUUGACGAUGCCAUGAGGAGCUGCCCAAGUGUCUCUGCAGGUGUGGGCAUCUUCCGGCGCUGGUGGCACCGGCAGCCUCCGCUGACGUGUCGGUGCUUCGCCUGCACACUCCUGCCGGGAGCGCGGCCCCAACUCUGCUUCCGGGGACGCUCCCUUCCAUCAGCUCUCAUGCUGGCCAGGCCGGCUGCACAGAGGCGGGUGCUGUGCACCCACGUGCCUUCUCGUGUCACGGGAAUCCCCGCAGCCCUUCUCCCAGGCUAUGGAGGGGCGCGGGGGCCGUGCCAGCCUCGUCCCGGGCCAGAGCUCCUGCCCGCCAGCUGCGUCCCCUGGUGCCGCCUUUUGCAUGAACAUGUCAUGUUCCCACGAGCAGCCGGCCCCACAGUGCCCUCGGACUGUCUCACUGUGGCCGUGGGGGGUGAUUCCCUACAGGAGGCCAGCGGGGGAGCCUCUCGCCUUCCUGAGCGGCCCUGCUCGGGCCUGCGUGCCCCUGAGCCGCCCGCCUCUCCAGCCUCUGGCGUCACAGACAGCGGAUCCCGGAGGCCGGCUGAGGAGAGUGCCCAGCAAGGAGCAUCCACUCAGGCCGCAUCUCCCUCUCCAGGAGCGUCCCUGCAGAUCGCCUACUGUACAGGAGUGCUUUCUUUCGGGGACCUUGCCUCCAGCGCUCCAGUGGUCCAGAGGAUCAUUAAGUCACAGCUUCUCAAGCUUCAGACAGAAGAUGUGGCCCGUCUGCAGGAUCUGGGGGUCCCCAAGGCUGCAGGGGGACAGGAGCGUACCCCGUACUGCCCUCCCCGCUCUGUGGCGGCCAAUCUCCCAGAACCCUGGGCCCCGGGCCAGGCCGCCCUGGAGGCUCCCUGGGGAAGCGGGGUCGCACUGAGCCGCGCCCGCCGCCGUGGCGCCCAGAAGGGCCUGAGGAGCCCGCCGGGCCUGAGCCCCUUGGGCCCGGCCGCGCGGGGCCUCAGCCCCCUCCUGGGCCCCGUCCUCAGUGACGCUGCUGGAGCCGGGAUGGACAACCGGGAGGAGCCGAGACGCAAGUGCGUGCCUGCAGACGAGGCAUAUUUCAUAGCAAAGGAGAUUCUCGCCACAGAACGAACAUACCUGAAGGAUUUAGAAGUUAUUACCGUGUGGUUCCGGAGCGCGGUGGUCAAGGCGGACGCCAUGCCUGCAGACCUGAUGACCUUGCUCUUCUCCAACAUUGACCCCAUCUACGAGCUCCACAGAGGCUUCCUUCGUGAGGUGGAGCAGAGGCUGGCGCUCUGGGAGGAAUCUUCUAGCACCCAGGCCACAGGCAGUCACCAGCGCAUCGGGGACAUCCUGCUCAGGAACAUGCUUCAGUUAAAGGCGCUCACCGGCCACUUCCAGCAGCUGCAGGAGGUCCUGACAGAGCUGGAGGCGGCCAGCCGGCGCCUGCGGAGGCUGGAGGCGCUGCGCCGCGACUUCGAGCUGCAGAAGGUCUGCUACCUACCGUUCAACGCCUUCCUGCUGAAGCCGCUGCAGCGCCUGCGCCACUACCGCCUGCUGCUGCGCCGCCUGUGCGCCCCGGGGCCCGGGGACCCCGGCCCGCACAGCCAGGACCGCGCCGACCUCAGCGAUGCCCUCCAGGCCAUCACGGAGGUGACCUCCACGCUCCAGCACAGCCUGGUCCAGCUGGAGAACCUGCAGAGGCUGACAGAGCUGCAGCGGGACUUGGUCGGCAUAGAGAGCCUGGUCGCUCCCGGCAGGGAGCUCAUCCGCGAGGGCUGCCUCCACAAGCUCACCCGGAAAGGCCUGCAGCAGAGGAUGUUCUUCCUGUUCUCAGACAUGCUGCUGUACGCGAGCAGAGACGCUGCGGGGAGCAGCCUCUUCCAGAUGCGGGGCCUCCUCCCGCUGCGCGGCAUGCUGGUGGAGGAUCAGGAGAGUGAGCGGUCUGUCCCGCCCUGUUUCACCAUCUGUGCGGCUCAGAAGACCAUCGUGGUGGCGGCCAGCACCCAGCUAGAAAAGGCCAAGUGGCUGCACGACCUGAACACGGCCAUCGACGCAGCCAAGACAGGCAGCACCCCGGCCCCAGCGCCCCCGGCCCGCAUGCUGUGCCCCCUGCCCCGCGGGUCCCCCAACGAGGCCUCCCUGGAGCCGGAGCCUGAGGACGAGGCUGGCGGGGCCCAGGGCUCCGUGGCGGGAAUGGGCCAGCGCCGUGCCAACACCACCGUGCAUGUGUGCUGGUGCCGCCACACCAGCGUGUCCAGGGCCGACCACAGCGCGGCUGUCGAGAACCAGCUUUCUGGAUACCUGCUGAGAAAGUUCAAGAACAGCAGUGGCUGGCAGAAACUCUGGGUGGUCUUCACCAAUUUCUGCUUGUUCUUCUACAAAACCCAUCAGGACAACCACCCGCUGGCCAGCCUCCCGCUGCUGGGCUACAGCGUGAGCCUCCCUGGGGACACGGAUGGCAUCCACAAGGAGCAUGUCUUCAAGCUCCAGUUCAAGUCCCACGUCUACUUCUUCCGGGCCGACAGCAAAUACACGUUCGGGAGGUGGAUGGAGGUGAUACAGAGAGCCAGCACCUCAGCUGAGAGGGCUGGGACCCCCGAGGAAAAGGCCUGAGGCCCACCCUGCCCAGAUGAAGAAGCCGAGCAAGCAAGCAGGGCUGGCAUGCACCCCACGACUGCCUGUCCCCACCCCGAGACUGGCGGUGGCGGGCGGGCUUCCUGGCAACACCCGGCAGCGAGUGCUCCCCAGGGACGCAAGCCAGCGCCUGGGCUCAGCAGGGCACCGGGAGAACGUGCACGGUGGGUGCGGGCCAACUCUGUGCGGGCAAGGUUGGCACUGCCCUGCCCUCACCCACCUGCCCUCCUCCUGCCGGGCAGGGCCUCCCGACAGGCUGGGUGAUGGGGGGUCCAGGCACAGAAGCAUCCCUGGUGCCCCCCCAGCCCACACUACUACAAAGUGGAAAGCAAGCCCCACUAAUUUAUCAUUCCAAGGAGUGUACGGUGCUGAGACACCGAGUGGCUGAGAAUAAAGGGUCUCCCCCCA